CAAUCAUCAAUUAUCAUUCGUUCUUUAACCAACACUUGAUUGAUCUUUUAUGCAAUAACCACCAACUCAAUUGAACUCAAGAAAACCCACAAGUCUUUUUGUCCUAAUGUCAAACUCAUCAUGUUCACUCACUCAACCUUCUUCCAUAACACUGAACCAACCCAAUGAAGUUCGAAGAUUUCUUUCCUUACCAGCCUUUGGAUCUGAUCCAGACUCAAAUACAUUUAUCAAAAGAGCCUCUCACAGACUUAUCUUUCCUGAUGGCCGGCCCUUCAAGAUUGUAGGACCCAAUAUCUAUUGGUUAGCUAUUGAUGAGAAUGUUGGAAGUACAGGUAGCUUUCCGAGUUCUCAGAGAAUUCUUGACGCUUUUGCUACUGCUGCAACAAUGGGAGCAACCACCGUUCGAUCAACUACACUUGGGGUCAGUCUUGGAAGUAAAAACGCAAUCGAACCUCACCUUGGGAGUUUCAAUACUCAAGCACUAGAUCAUCUCGGAUUUGUGGUCUAUGUGGCUAGAUUAUAUGCAAUCAAGUUGAUCAUCCCAUUAACAGACCAAUAUGACUAUUAUCAUGGUGGUUAUCGAACCUUUCUUCGUUGGAGAGGAAUUCCAGAUACGAAUUCUAGCGCGUUUUAUGAUACAAGUUCAAUUGUCUAUGAAGAUUUUACAAGUUACAUUACUACGAUCUUGAAUUAUACGAACCCUUAUACCCAAAUGAAAUUAAGUGAAGAUCCAACGAUAUUAGCUUGGGAGACAGGAAACGAAUUAGAUGGACCGGAUCCUAAAUGGACGAAAUCGGUAGCUGAGACAAUCAAGAAUUUGGCUCCUAAUCAACUCGUUGGAUCUGGAAGGUAUGGAGUGAAUAAGGAAGAUCUAACAAUAGAAUCUAUAGACCUUGUGUACGACUUUGUCAUCUUUUUCUUCAUCUUCUUUCAAGAACUAGGUGGUAAAGUUGUGCUAUUUCUGACCUUCAGACUUUUAUCAAUCAUACCUCAGUACAGAUCAUUUCUAUCCUCCUUCCUCUAGCCGUUACACCUCAGCUCUCAACCUAGCAACCGAUCAUUCCAAAGUCUAUUUCGCUGGAGAAUUCGAUUGGACAGGAAAAACCCAUAAUUGGAUCUCACUCUUUUCAAUCAUCAUCCCAGGUUUAAUCUUCAUAGGUUUAGCUCUCAGCCUCGGUUUACUCAAAACCCUUCGUUUCCCCUACAGAAUCUCAUUAAGGUCUAGACGAAAAGAUUUCUUACUUGAGAAAUCGCAUUUGGCUCUUCUUUUGGUUGUGCUGGCUGUCUUUGUUUUGGGUGGGAUUGGAUAUAGUGUUGGAGUGGGUUGGGAUGGCUUAGAGAGUCUUUUGAGUACUAUGGAAAGCUCUGAUGGGAAUGGUGGGUUGUAUUGGAGUUUGUUUGGUAGAGAUGAUGGCUGUUGUGGGUUUGUCAAUCACGUUAGUUCUAAUUCCUUUUCUGUCUUUCUGUUAUUUCAGAUAUCAUCAGCAUUCAGAGACUGACAAUAUGUUUUUUUUUUCAGAACGAUGGAUUCACCUUACAUUAUCCAGGUCAAGGUGAAGAUGAACGUCAAAGGAUCUCUCGUUUAGUCACUCAUGCUGCUCGUAUAGGAGGUAGAAUCAAGUUUCAAGCCACAGAUUCAUUACCUUGGGUGAAUGUGGUUUGUCCUCAAAUCGGAUGGACGAACAGCUCAAUCAAUACAUAAAGUUGGAUGUUCUAAUUGAUCUGGUUUAAUAAGGCUUAACAGUUUUUUUUGAUGGAGAUUUCAGAGCAAAAAUCUUCUUGAUUGUAUUUGGUGAAAUGUGUCUUCAUAAGUUUCUCUUGGACAAUUGUUUUCACUAGGCUUGGUUUUUUGAAAGGGGGGGGUGGUAAUUCAAACAUCGUAGUUGAGCUUGAAAGAAUAAUUUGGGUAUCUUAGUUUGAUAGUCGAUUAAAAAAUAUAAUAAGAAUAAUAAUUUGUAAUAUCAUAUAAUCUUUGAAAUUGUAAUGCAAAAACCAAAGUAUAAUUGACACAGAAUAUGUGACUCAG